GAUCGCCAAGCCUCCGCUUGGUCUCACCGAUGUAGAUCAGUUGACACCUGAACUUUAACCGUGUUUCUUCUCUCCACACAUGCUGACUGUUUUCCAAGUUUGCAGCACCUGCGGUCUCUGGAGCCAAAUAUGUGAAGUAUUCGGGCAGGUAUUAGUUAGUGGGCGCGGGCUGAUCCACGCUUGUAAUGAAUCAUCUCGCUGUGUUUUUAACAGAACUUGUCUCUCAGCCUGUGAUCACAUCCAAUGACACCCGCCCUGUAGAACACACUGACACGGUGACUUUACAGUGCGUGGCCGAGGGCACGAAUGUCUCAUAUGCCUGGUCCAGGAACGGCCUAACGCUUAGCCCGGGCGGCCGGCUGGUCUUGAGUAACGGCAGCCGCACUCUCAUCAUCAAUGGCGUGCUCAGAUCGGACAAGGAGUUCACCUGCACUGGGUCCAACCCGCUCAACACAAACACCAGCGAUCCAUUCCUGCUGGACGUCAGCUACGGACCGGAAAAUGUUCAGAUAUCCGUCAGCCCCGAGCAGGCCACUCACACCUCUGGCACGAACGUCUCUCUCACCUGUGCUGCUGAUUCUAAUCCCGCCCCAGAAUAUGAAUGGUUCUUCUAUGGACUGAUCCAACAAAAUGGGCAGCAACUAGACAUUGCGGCCCUUGGCGUCAAUGACAUGGGAAUCUACACCUGCCAGGUGUUCAACAAUGUGACCAAUAGGUCAAGUUCCUCUUCGCAAAACAUCACCGUCAUAGAGCCUGUUUCCACACCCAAUAUCACCUCCAAUGCCAGCAGCUUCAUAGAGCACAAUGACACCGUGGUCUUGACCUGUGUCGCGGACGGGACUGACGUCUCUUACACGUGGAGGAAUGACAGUAGCGUGAUAUCUAACGGCGGCAGGUUGGAACUGAGCGCCUAUAACACCACACUCACCAUUACCGGAGUAUUGCGGUCGGACGGGCCGUUCACCUGCUGGGUUUCCAACGCGGUUAGCGAGGAGACAAGCGAGCCGUUCUCUCCUCAAUACGGGCCGGAUAAUCUGACUAUAGUUCGUGAGCCCGACACCCCUGUUUACAAACCCGGGACCAACGUCAAUUUAACCUGUUCUGCAGAGUCUAAACCAGCUGCUGUGUUGAGCUGGUACCGUAACGGUGACUUGGUCCAUUGUGGAGACCAACUCAACAUUACCAAUGUUUCCAAUAAAGACAUUGGGAGUUAUGUCUGUCAGGCCUUUAACAAUGAGACCGGAAGGUACAUUUCCUCACCACUAUACAUCGAUGUUCUGGAACCGGUGGCGAAUGUCAGUCUGCAAUCCAACAAUUCCGAGCCGGUGGAACAGCGAGACCCCGUCGUGUUGACCUGCAGCUCCCAGGGAUCUCAACUGCAGCGGGAAUGGUUAUUCAAAAAUCAAACCAUCCAGCCGAAUGACAGGGUGCAUAUAUCCGGAGACACUCUGCUCAUUGACCCAGUGUACAGGAACGACACAGGGAUGUACAAAUGCAUCGUAAGCAAUGGACUGAACAGCAUCAGCGGUGAGACCGACCUGGUGGUUUACUAUGGGCCGGACAAUAUGGAAAUUACCCCCAAGAAUCCAGUAACAGGAAAGAUUGGAAAAGAGCUAACGUUGACCUGUUCGGCCCAGUCCGAGCCCGGCCCUGUGUAUGAGUGGUUCAAUGGGACAGAGAGUCUGGAAAAAGGUCCAGUGUUCACCAUUCCCUCAGUAAGCAUGAAGCACGCUGGGAAGUACACAUGCCAUGCCAAUAAUGCCUGGACUGGCAAAAACAUCAGCCUCACUGUAAAUGUCAUCGUGCAAAGCGAGACCAUUGUUCCAUACGGUGGUCUGGGACCUGGAGCGAUCGCUGGGAUUGUGUGUGGAGUGGUUCUUGCUGCAAUCCUGCUCUGUGUUUCAAUCUGGUAUUUUAGAAAGAAAUAUAUGAACAGGUCAAAAUCCGGAACAUCGUCUAAUGACCCAAAAAUGUCGUCUAGUGGAAACAUCCCAGUGACCCAAACUGAGUACGCAGCCAUCGAAAGGAAAAAGCCGGCUCCGCAGCAACUGGAGCAAUCUAACAAUGGGACAAGCGCCGCAUCAGCACAGGCUAGAGAGGUAGAUGUGAUCUACAUGAGACCGCAGAUUAUCGGUCCGGGUGCGAAUCCGAGCGGGGAGAUAGUAAUCGAUAACAGGACUGACUACGCUGAGCUGAAAUACCGAUGAUCCCAAGACUACACCUCACCACCUCCACCUCCACCCAUCUCCAAAUCUUCACGGACCACCCGCUGCCUGGAAAGCCCCCGGAACGUCAGCUUAUUUACUUGUUGAAAUUCAGGAUGAGAGGAUAUCUUGUAGAAACAUAUAACAUUCUGACGGGAUUGGACAGGCUGGAUGCAGGUAAAAUGUUUCCCCGUGUUGGGGGGAGUCCAGAACCGGGAAGAAGUGAGGAAAAGGAAUCCGACCUUCCUGUCCUUGGGCCUCCCCCAUGGCCAGAGUGAGUCCCACCGCAAAUUGGAGGAGCAGCUCCUCAUAUUCCGCUUGGGUAGUUUACACCCCAGCGGUAUCAACAUUGACUUCUCCAAUUUCAGGUAGUCCCUGCAUUCUCCCUCCUUCCCCUCCCCUCCCCAGCUCUCCCACUGUCU